AUGUCUCCAUACAACGAGUGCUGCCUGCCACCGGGGGUGGUAUGUCCAGAGCCAUUCGCCCUCACCUCCAAUGAGACCUGUGUCAUAAAAUAUCCUGAUACGAUAGUGGACAUAGUGGAGCCUGACUCGCCACCAUACUCCGUGAUAUAUCCUGGCCCAACUCUCACCACUUACCCUCAGCAAACCAUAGUGGGAUCUACCGCAUUGUUCGAUGUCGGAAAUUUACUUGGUUCCAGGGGAUCUCAUGGGUUUAGGGGUCUGUGUGGUUCUGGGACGGCAU